ACGUGUGCACCUUACACACUGUACCGCCAGAUGUAAAGGUUGCGACAGCGUAGCAAGGAAGGAACUGAUCACUGCAGUGAAUGAGGCAUUGUCAACUAUUGUAUGUUGGAGCGACCUGGAUCACUAGCCAAGCUGAGUUUCUGGUAAUCACAUAAUCCAGCUGUUCAACGCCUAGCAGCUGCUUUCAUCUCCCGAUGAUAGCGGUGAGUUGUAUUGCAGAGCCAUGACUACCAUUGCUAGCUUCUGUAUUCCUGGGAACUUGUUCAAUGAAAACUGGGCAUACCGGUUUGAAGAAACAACAGCACCAGCAGUGGCCUAUCUCAAAUUCAGUUGUGUAUUCGUGCGUGUAUCCGUGUGUUUGUGUUUGUGUGUCCGUGUGUGUGUUUGUGUGUGUGUGUGUGUGUGUGUGUGUGUGUGUGUGUGUAUGCAGAAAACUACACAGACCAUGACUGCAGUGAAGAGUGUAUGAACCGUGCUACAAUAACCAGUUUAUCAUCGUCCUGAAAGUACUUCAAAAUGUCUAACAACGGACCAUUUGAUGAUCCCAAGUUCAUUUCCCAUAUUUUACCCUGGAUUUAUGAAUUGGAUGCAACGAGCUUUCGACAUUCUAUGCAGCACAAAGGUGCGUUCACAAGUACAAAACAAAUUGAGACAUUGGAGCAUCUGGAGAACAACAAAGGAAAGGAAGCGCAUAAUUCUCACAUCAUCAGUCUUAUAAGUCCUGGGCGCACAGGUGCUUAUAAACUACUCUGCAAUGCAAUCCAUGACUUGGGUCCAUUGUAUGAUGAAUUGUACCAAGAAAUGCUUCUCCUGUUGCCCGUUGACCAGCCACCAACGGCCAAGACAUCCUCUCACGAGACAGUUCAUGUUGCUACUAUGCGUGCAGCCAGCAACACAGCUAACGAUGGCACAGUGACAUGUCAUACACUGGCAGUGAAUGAUGAUGGAGCAGACAAUGGUGGGCACAUUCAACGUCUUAAACAACAUCUACACAGAGUGAAUACACAUCUGUGCAAGACCACCGCUGAUCAUUCAGAUCUAACUUGCUUGUCCGGCGAUGUCAAGGAUUGCUUCGUGCCCAUGCAGGCUCUGACGGAGAAAGAUGCUCUGCAGCUGACGUAUCGUGCGCAACAAGCUUCAACUCGCCGUGUCACUGGAAGACAGCCAAUAUCUGACCGUACACCAGGCGUUGCUAUCCCAGGAGCUAGACAAGAUAAGAGUGACAAAGUGGAAGGAGGAAGGCAGUUUGUUCUGUCCAGCGCUAAGCAGCUCUUGUCUGAUCCCCAUUAUUAUGAAGGUGUAACUAGCGCUGGCAAAAGUGGUGUUGGUGUUGGUGGUGGUGAUGACACAGUUGACGAAGACAUUCUGGAAAGUUGCAUUGUAAUUGGGAACGCUGGGCAAGGAAAGACAACUCUAAGCAAACGAGUCAUCGCCGACAUCAUGGAGACAACAACUGGGAAUCUGGCAAAGAUUGAAUUCAUUUUCUACGUGCCGUGCCGUGAUUUUCAACGUACACAGUCAACUGAUUGGUGUGUAUUUCUUGGUUUGGACCAGUUGCGCAUCAGUACACAGGAGCAAUCUAUACUGCUCAACUACCUCUCUGAGCAAUCCGACCAGGUAUUGAUCGUUAUUGAUGGGAUUGACGAACUUGGUAGUGAUGGAUUUGGUACCGGAUCAGCAGCCCAAGCUGUAAUAUUGAGGAGCAGCAGCAGUAACCAUUCACUACUACCUGAUGCUAUUGUAGUCGCAACUAGCCGACCGUGUGAUGAAGCGUAUCAACACAUACCGCAUUUCCGCUUACGUUUCCGACUUCUCGGCUUCUCAGCAGACCAGCUCUUUGCGUACUGCUCACGACAGCUCGGAGAGGAAGUUGCCAAGAAGUGUAUGGAAGAGCUUUCCCAACGGAACAACUGUCUGCUGAAGGAAGCCAUUCGACAAUCUCCACUCCUAUGUGCUCUGCUCGUUCAGCAAUAUUCCAUCAACAACUCUCUACCCUCCAGUGUGACACUUUUCUACGACCACUACUUACGCUCCUCAGUCGCAAAGCUGGAAAAGCGACGAGGAAAGAAGUUUGGUCAAGUACGGCUUGCACAUGACGUCAUCAGUCACUGCAGUGGUGGCCGGCACUUCAGUUGUGGUGAUCUUGUCAGUAUCCCCGUGGUAAUAGAACAUCAUUUGGAGCGCUAUGUGAAGGAGACAAGCAACAAUGAUGAGGAGUGUGAUCACCAUGCUGUGGAGCUAGUCAAGGCAUUGCACAAUCUCUACACGAUGUGUCUUGCAACAUAUCAAAGGGGCAUGGCUACUUUUACAUCCACGCUGUCAACCCUCCACCAGUCCAUUUGUCAAGAUCUCGGCUUACUGCUCAACCCUGGUAUGCAUCCGUCGGCCGUCGGUUCCACUCAGACUGUGUCCUUGACUCACUUGACACUGCAAGAGUGGUGUGCAUCGAGAUGCAUCAUUUCUUCUGACUCGUGCGUAGACAUCAUCCGCAGGUGCAUCAACACUGUCGGCACAGACUUGAACACACUUGUCUUUUGGCAAUUUGUCUUUGGAGCACUGAAGCCAGACCUUCUACAUUCAUCUUUGUUGGCUCUGCAGUCUGACAAUAGCGUCAGUGAUCAAGUUGUCAAGAGCAAAAGGAAGAUGCUUCUGUUCCUGAUGAGAUGUUUGAUGGAAAGCCACAUUUCACUCCAACAUAACCGCAAUGGAUACCCCAAUCAGGAUGUAGACGCAAUCAUCCAUCGCUGCUAUGCUAUGUCAGGUAAUCUCCUGGCAGGUGGUGGAAUUGAUGUUAGUGGAAUCCACCUUGAAGUUGUUGAUGUGAUGGCUUUACAUACUGUUUUGGAGCUUGUAGACCAUGUAAAGUCUCUGGAUCUCGACGGUUGUAAUCUUUCAAGUGACAGUGUCAUUUUGCUGUCUGAUCAACUGGAUAAAUGCGUCAAGGUGACUUUGUUUGGUGCCAAUCUCACUGCAGCACCAUUGGCAAGCAUAUCAAGCACACUGUCUAGAUCAACACGGCGUACCCUCCAGAUUCUUGAUAUAAGCGGCACAAAGUUGACCAGUGGAUCUGCAGAUGGAGCAGCACUUGCUGGAUGUGUAAAACACCCAAGUCUAACGUACCUGACUGCACUCAAAACUAAACUUGGCAAUGAUGGUCUGGCAGCAUUUGCGAGCAACUUGGCUCCGUGUGAUCAUCUCACAGAUCUAUCACUGGCAUGGUGCAGACUGGAUAGUGGAUGUGGAUCUGACCUGGCAACACUGGUCACAAAGUUACCACGCCUUGCCAGUCUAUGGCUGAAUGACAACUCACUCUCCAACAGUGACGUGUCAUGUGUACUAUCCAGUCUCCAUUCUCAUGAUACCAUACAGCAUCUUCACUUCGAGAACACCAGACUGACUGAUGAGCUAGCCGCUAGUGUUGUUGACUUUCUGCAAGCUCGUCGCGGUCGUGAGCACACUGGGAGUGUCAGCACAACACUACCACCAUGCAGGGUUUAUCUGAGCGGCAGCGGUGUAACAAUCCGUCUUCUACAGGAAGUAGCUACGUCUAAUCAAUGUGGUGGUGACGUAAUCGACAUUGGCAGCCGCUAUGCUACUGGUACUUCAGUAUGCACUCAGUCAAUUGAUCAUCUGGUCAGUGUACAUGGUGAUAACCUACAAGGCAAGGUCGAUGACUCCAUGAUGUCAUCACUUGGUCAGUACCUUGCAACCAACACUGACCUAGACCAACUGGACAUAGCAACCUGUAACAUUACCGAUGCUGGAGCAACUGCUCUGGCAACAUCUGGCCUUGCAGACAACACAGUGCUGAAAUACCUUCGUCUGGGCAGCAAUAGGAUACAGCUGUCUGGUGUUGUGAGUGUACUACAAGCAGUGACAUCACCACAAUCACAUGUCAGUGCAUUGAAUCUACAGGACAACCCAGUGUUUCAUGACAUACAGCCCAGUCAUGCUGAUUGCAGACUGCUAUGCCAGCUUCUCUCUACAUUCCAACGGCUGCGCUUCAUUUCAUUUUGCCGGACGGGCAUGAGUGAUGAAGUUGGUGGAAGUAUCCUGCACUCUCUCCAUCACCAUACACGUAUUGAAUGGAUGUCUAUGGCGAGCAAUAAGAUUGGUGGUGCCACAGUGUAUGCCCUGGUGGAUAUGAUGAGGAAGAACACAAGCUUGAGAUUGAUCAGCCUCGAGUACUGCAAGAUCACCGAUGAUAGCAUUCAAGCCAUGCUGCAGUCACCAGGCAUCAUGAGGAUGGAGGGUGUACACUUGUACGGGAACCCAUGCUCUAUGGACAAACUUCGACGGCCAUUGUACAAUUCCAUGCUACGGUAUAACAACUCUACUGUCCUGGAGUUCAUCUCGGAUUGAUUGCAGGAAGACGUUACACAACAUCAGCAUAUUCCCAGCCGUUGCUGAAGGAGUAGGCAAGGACAGAGCUGACGUAAUGUUCAAGUUUGAUCUACCAACCAACAGUCAAUGAUUGCACAACUUCCAGAAUGAUGUGUGUGUGUGUGUGUGUGUGCUGGCACACCGAAGCAAUUGCUGUUCGGCGAGCUGCCUGCCCCCCGUCCUCAUCACGGCCCGAAGAAGAGGUGGCGAGAUGUGGUGUCGACUGACCUGGCGGACCUCGGCGUGACCACCUGGCUUGAGAGUUGCCAAGAUCGUCCCGGCUGGAGACAAGUUGCGAGUAGCACCCCACCACCACGGCCCGCUCCUGAUCCUCUUCUAUGUGUCUGUGGACGCCCAUUUCGUCGACCAGGAGAUCUGAAACGACAUGCCAAGUUCUGCGCUCGUGUUCUCACUUGAACUUUCCGACAUUCGCUAUCAUUGCGUACGCAAUGGGCAAGGUCAAGGUCAAGGUGUGUGUGUGUGUGUGUGUGUGUGUGUGCGCGCGUGCGUGCGUGCGUGUGUGUAUGUGUGUGGGCGUGCAGCACACAUCACACUGAGUAUUGAAUUCACUUGAGUAGAAUGUAAUUUGUGUGUGUACUGUUUUCAAUGAUUGUAUUGUGUAGCAUGCAUGACUCUGCUGAAGAAACAGUUCAAUGAUCAGUUUUCUGGUUAUUCUAGGAUUUACGGAUAUAAUUCCUCACAGUCAAGUAUACACACAAGAAUACAUGAUGUUACUGGUAGUGCAACUGCUGAUGUUGCAGACAAUACUUCUGUUCAUACUGUUGCACACUACGUAGCUCUCCGUCACGAUUCUUCUCUUGGUUUUGUUGAUGUGGUUAUUGUCACCAGCAAGUGCUGAGUACACUGUACAAUAGUCUUAUAGAUAUGUAUAUACAGUAUAAUUAUACUGAUGGUGUUCACUGCUCUUCUGCUUCUGCUCUGAUAGUCGAUUGCUGAUGUACGUGUUUGUCAAUGUUG